AUGCUAACACGAAUAGUAAAAUCGAAUAUAAUAAGUAUGACUGAAAAAAAUAUGCAUAUCAUUUGUAUAACUGAUUCAUUACGAUACAAAAGUCAUCGUAGUAGUAGUAAUAGUGAAGUUCAACAUAUUGAUCCAUAUAAAGCACGUUAUGAACGUUUAUGGCAACAAAAAGCAACUCUUGAUUGGUUACCAAAACCAGAAGGAAAUUGGCAAGAAAUUAACGGAAAGAAACAAGCUUAUUAUAAUAAAAUUCUCACUAGUGGUGUGAUUACUUUCAUUCUUUCAUUUAUUUAUUUACGAGUAGUAAUUGUAUCUAGAUCUGGUGCAUUAACAAAACCUCCAUAUCAUUUGAUUGGAAAUGAAGAUUUUCCCGGUUCGAAAUAUAAUGAUAAAAACUAA